CGCCCAUUUGCCAUUGACCGUGCUGUAGCAAAAGUAGUACUCUGGUGGUUUAAUCGGUUUGAGGCCGCUUCUUAGGUGAAAUUUUGUGUUUCAUUCUUCUACUAUUUUUCCCGACCAUGAAAAGAUGAUAAAACUCAAAUGGAAAAGAUCUAUUCCAGAGGGGAGCUUCACCACUUCAUUGAUGGCUUUAAUGAGGAGAAAAGCAACUGGAUGCGCUAUGUGAAUCCGGCACACUCUGCCCGGGAGCAAAAUCUGGCUGCGUGUCAGAACGGGAUGAACAUCUACUUCUACACCAUUAAGCCCAUCCCUGCCAACCAGGAACUUCUUGUGUGGUAUUGUCGAGACUUUGCAGAAAGGCUUAACUACCCUUAUCCUGGAGAGCUCACAAUGAUGAAUCUCACACAAACACAGAGCAACCCAAAGCAACCGAGUACUGAGAAAAAUGAACUUUGCCCAAAGAAUGUCCCAAAGAGAGAGUACAGCGUAAAAGAAAUCCUAAAAUUGGACUCUAACCCCUCCAAAGGGAAGGACUUCUACCGUUCUAACAUUUCAGACAAGGACAUCRAUGGCUUUAGAAAGAACGGCAGCCCGGAUAUGCCCUUCUACCCCCGGGUUGUUUACCCCAUCCGGGCUCCUCUCCCGGAAGACUUAUGGAAAGCUUCCCUGGCCUAUGGGAUGGAGAGACCAACUUACAUUACUCACUCCCCCAUCCCUUCUUCCACAACUCCAAGUCCCUCAGCAAGAAGCAGCCCUGACCAAAGCCUGAAAAGCUCCAGCCCACACAGCAGCCCGGGGAACACUGUGUCGCCCCUGGCCCCUGGCUCUCAUGAACACCGAGACUCCUACACUUACUUGAACACACCCUAUGGCACCGAAGGUCUGGGCUCUUACCCAGGAUACGCACCUGCCCCCCACCUCCCUCCAGCCUUCAUCCCCUCUUACAAUGCCCACUACCCCAAGUUCCUGUUGCCUCCCUACGGCAUGAAUUGCAACGGCUUGAGCACCAUGAGCAACAUCAACAGCAUCAACAACUUUGGCCUCUUCCCGAGGUUGUAUCCCGUCUACGGUAACCUCCUUGGUGGGGGCAGCCUGCCUCACUCCAUGGUCAACCCAGCUUCUCUCCCAAGUUCGCUGCCCUCAGAUGGAGCCCGGAGGUUGCUUCCGCCUGAGCAUCCCAGAGAGGUGCUUGUCCCAGCACCCCACAGUGCCUUUUCCCUUACCGGGGCUGCUGCCAGCAUGAAGGACAAGACCUGCAGCCCCACCAGCGGGUCUCCCACGGCGGGAACAGCCGCCACGUCAGAACACGUGGUACAACCCAAAGCUACCUCAGCGGUGAUGGCAUCCCCCAGCAGUGACGAGGCCAUGAAUCUCAUUAAAAACAAAAGAAACAUGACCGGCUACAAGACCCUUCCCUACCCACUUAAGAAGCAGAAUGGCAAGAUUAAGUAUGAGUGCAACGUUUGCGCCAAGACUUUCGGCCAGCUCUCCAACCUGAAGGUCCACCUGAGAGUGCACAGUGGAGAACGGCCUUUCAAAUGCCAGACCUGCAACAAGGGCUUUACUCAGCUCGCCCACCUGCAGAAACACUACCUGGUCCACACGGGAGAAAAGCCACAUGAAUGCCAGGUCUGCCACAAGCGAUUUAGCAGCACCAGCAAUCUCAAGACCCACCUGCGACUCCACUCCGGAGAGAAGCCUUACCAGUGCAAGGUGUGCCCUGCCAAGUUCACCCAGUUUGUGCACCUGAAGCUGCACAAGCGACUGCACACCCGGGAGCGGCCCCACAAGUGUGCCCAGUGCCACAAGAGCUACAUCCAUCUCUGCAGCCUCAAGGUCCACCUGAAAGGGAACUGCCCGGUAGCCCCAGCCACUGGACUGGCCCUGGAGGAUCUAACCCGGAUCAACGAAGAAAUCGAGAAGUUUGACAUUAGUGACAAUGCCGACCGGCUAGAGGACAUGGAGGACAACAUCGAUGUGACCUCUGUGGUGGAGAAGGAAAUUCUGGCMGUGGUCAGAAAAGAGAAAGAAGAAACUGGCCUGAAAGUGUCUUUGCAAAGAAACAUGGGGAACGGACUCCUCUCCUCAGGGUGCAGCCUUUACGAGUCAUCAGACCUGUCCCUCAUGAAGUUGCCCCACAGCAACCCACUACCUCUGGUACCUGUAAAGGUGAAGCAAGAAACAGUGGAACCAAUGGAUCCUUAGGAUUUUCAGAAAGCAAGCGUUUGUUUUGUUUCUUGUUCUGACUCUGCGAGUCGGGGUGCCUGUAGCAGAUGGCGCAUGCGUAUCUCCAGAUCCGCAAAGCUCUCCUGCGGCAGGGGGUUCCCCUCACCUCUGGAAUUAAAGAAGGACUCCAAAGUUACCGAAAUCUCAGGGCAUAAAUGACGCAAAGACUCUCUCUCUAUAUAUAUGUAUACAUAUUAUAUAUACUUAUUUACAUCCACAUCUAUAUAUUUGAACCUGUGUAUUUUGAAUAUUUGUGUGGAUAUGUUUGCAUAGCCUUCCCAUUACUAAGACUAUUGCCUAGCCAUAAUUAUUUUUUCAGUGAUAAUCCUUCAUAAUUUAUUAUACAAUUUAUCAUUCAGAAAGCAAUAAUUAAAAAAGUUUACAGUGACUGGAAAUGUUCCUUGUAAUUUGAGUAUAAAUGUUGUAAUUUUGUCUUGUGGCCAUCUUUGUAGAUAAUUUCUGCACAGCUGUUUAAGUACCUAAGAUUUAGUAGACAAAUACAUAACUUCAGUCAUCCUCUCUCUGUAAUAAUGAUCUGAAAAUGAGGUUUCAGUAUUGCCAAAGUUUGACAGUUGAUGUGUUAAUUCAUAGGAUCAUGUCAUUUGAACAGCACUGUGUAACAUGGGGGGUGUGUGCAGAACUACCCAAUGAUAACUCGAGUAGAAUUUGAACAAGAAAAGGAAUCUUGUCAUGUUUUGUUCCUAGUUCGUCAUUUUUUUUUCUAGUCAUUAUUUUUACCAAAAAAGUGACAGGAAGUCUUUUUCAACYUGUCUCUCCACAAAAGUAGGGUCCUUGCACCCCACCCCAAAAGUCA